AUGGAAAACCUCUCGCAUUCGUUUGCCAAGAGGAGUUACGGCGGGAAUGGCUUUGGAACGGCUAGCCACAAGUCUGUUUACGACGACGUUUUCGGAGGUCCGCCGAAGUUCGGCAUGCCGACCUUGGCUCCUCGCCUCGAAGACUACAGCGAGAUUUUCGGAGGAUUUCACUCGGCCAGGGGCGCCUCCAUUCCGAUUCUCGAUCUUCCGGUGGUGGACGAAGGGGAACUCUGUUUCGAUGUGAGGAGCUCCAGGUUCGACUACUCUGAAGUCUUUGGAGGUUUCAACGGCCUUGAUUUUGCUCCGUCGCUUGACGAUUUCGUUCGGAAAUCCAACGGUCGAGAUGAGUCUUCUGAUGAUGAUGCAUGGAGUCCAGCUGAAAGUGAGUCUCCGUCAGGUGAUACGGAUCCUUCUGCCUUUUCUGAUUGGAGUCAAAGCUUGAUUAACGAGGAUGCUUAUCAUCCAACAGGUGGUCAGUUUGAUGCCUCAUCCAGCAAGGCUAGUGAAAAGAGCAAUGAAAGGAUAGCGAAUUUGGCUACUGAUGUAGCUCGUUCACAAGCUAUUCCUGAGAAUGCUUAUAGGUUUGAAAAAAAUCAUCUCCCCCAAAAGGUUGAGGUCCAAAAGUCUCGAGCUGCUAGUGAUCUUAAAUCCAGCAUGAGUUUUGAUGGGGGGACUUCCGAAAGUAAAAAGACUAUAAUUUUACCUGCAAAGAUUGAUUUCAGAAAACAAGAGAGAGAUGUUGGCCAUGUGGAAAAGUACAGGGAAAUUAAGCCCUUUGUAACUGUGAAAGAUAUCAACUUGAAAACAAAACCUUCUCACUUGCCACCACCUUCAAGACCGCCUCCUGUUUAUGUUGAAAAAAAGGGAGCAACUUCAAAACAGCAUUUGUGGACAAAAGAUGAUAGUAGUUGUUCUUUAGAACAGCUAGAAGGUAAUGGCUCACCACCUUUUUAUGAUGUAGAAAUAGAUGGAAGUUCAUCUAUGUUGGGAUCUGCGACUGUGCGAGAUGUGACGGAGGAAGCUCAAGCAAAGAUUCGAAGUGCCAAAGAAUCAACCGGCCAAAAAGUUCUCCAAAGUUGUUCAAAGCUGCAACCGCUGAGUAAUAUGAAAAUGGUGGAGGAGCAUGUGAACAAGACUUUCGAGACUAUUGGUAGUUAUAAGGAUGACAGAAAAGCAACAUAUGCCGAAGAAAGAAGAAGAACGGUCCCUCUCGCUGAGGAAAGGAGCAAAGUAUUGGAGAUAGAUCAGGAAAUCCCAGAUUUGGUUGAGCCGGAAAGAUCCAUUGAUUUUGAUGAAAUAUCCACAAAAAGACGAAAUGGCAAAGAAAGUGGGUUGUCCUAUCAAACAUCCCAUAAAACAGCACAUUCAUUUGCUUGGAGACAAGAAAUUGAUUAUUUUGAAGUUGUUGAAACAGGUAUUCCUUUCGAGGCCAUUGAGGAGCACAAGGAUGAGAGCAAGUUUGUGCAAGAGGGCUUGGAUGAGGUCAUACCACUGGUUGUAAAUGAAAUGGUUGAGCAGAAAGAAGAGUUUAAGGAUCUCAACGAUCUUAAAUUAGGUGUUAAAAAUAACAAAAUCGAGGUCACUGCAAAAGAUUGUCAUAAUGAGAUGCAAUCAGAAGAAGUCAGCAAGUCAAGCAAUCAGAUUGUGUUUCAGAAGGUACCAAAAGUGGACUUGAAGAGCUGUGAAUCAGAUACAUAUAAGAAGGAAAUAAAAAUGACUAAAAACCCAGAAGAAAUCAGAAAAACUCAAAAUGACUCUGAUAAGGUUGAAGAAAAUCAGAUAAAAGCUGACAUGAAGGUCCUUGAAGCAAAUCAUAUGCGAAAAACCAGAGAAAAACCCGGAAGCACGGAGGUGCGUGGACAUUCGCAUGCAACGAAAACAAAUGUAAGGAAACCGAAAGAGGAUUUGGAUUUAGAAGAAUCAAUUGAGAGACUCUGCGAGGCUUUUGUACAAGCUGAGGAGAUUAACCAGACAGAGCCAAUAAGGGAUGAAAGAAAGAAGCAAGAUGUGUGUUACGAGAAACAAAAGAACAAAAAACACAAGGAACUUUGCAGAAAUAAAAAGGAUCAAAACCUGAAGAGAGAAACUUUUGAUCUUGAAAACAAUGAGAAAAGGCGUACUGAGCCAAAAGAAGAUGGGAAGGCUUCGCAUAAGCCUGUUGUGGAGAAAGAAAAUCAAGAACCGGAUGCAUCACCAAUGAUAUCUGCAGAAGUUGAUGUUGAAGAGAGCUCCACCUUAACGAGCGCGUCGACAAGUAGUACACCUUUUGAGGCCUGUGAGCAUCAACAGUUGAGUGGGUACUCUGAAGAUGCAGAGCAGAUUAAGUGGGACUCUGAGGACAGAAAGGUGAAACUAGAUGAGGUAAAUCAUCUUACAGUUGAAAGUGAGAGUAUUAAGUCAUUUGAUGGGGCAGAUGACCUGGAUAAUGACGACGGUGCCUCUUUAUCCUGGGAGCUUGAUAGAAGUUUUGGGAUGCUGGAAAGAACACAAGAAAUUAUAGCACCCGAGGAUAAUCCUGACUUGAGUUCUACUCUCGACGAGAGUGAACCUGUUAAAGAUGUUGGAGUGACUGACUGGCCAGGGGAAGAAAGACCUCCUUCAGUUAAUCAAGAUGAAUUGCAAAGUGAGAAGUAUGAAACUGGAACUUUUGAUGUUAUGUAUUCUCAGCGUGUCAAUCAACAUAAGAAUGAUUCUAAUGAAGCUGGCAUUGACAUUGGAAAUUCAUCUAAUCUGGACAAGGAAGUCUCCAAAAGGCCCUCUCAACCUGGUCAGGCGGAUGUAAAAGCUUAUGAGCCAAGGCAGAGAGGGCAGAAGACAAGUGGAGUUGAACCUAAAAUCCACCAAGGAAUCUCCAAUUUAACAUCACAUCAACCUUCCAUGGCGUUUUCUGCUAAUGGGAAGGUAACCGGAGCCUCUUUGACAGGUAGGCUCGGGGACCGAGGGAUGCAAUUGAAUUCUGGCAAACAUCUGAACCAAAAUGUGGAAGAGAAAGCAAAGAUUAUGAAUGAAAGUGAGAUAAAGGAAAGAUUGCAAAGGGAAAAAGAACUGGAAAAAGAACAACUGAGGAAGAUAGAAGAAGAGAGGGAGAGAGAGAGGGAACGAGAGAAGGAUAGGAUGGCAGUUGAUAGAGCAACCCUAGAAACUCGUGAUAGAUUGUAUGCUGAAGCCCGUGAAAGAGCAGAAAGAGCUGCUGUGGAAAGAGCUGCUGCUGAAGCACGACAAAGGGCAAUGGCAGAAGCUCGAGAAAGAUUGGAGAAGACAUCUUUGGAGGCCAGGGAGAGAUCUUUAGCAGAUAAAGCAUCAACAGAAGCAAGACUUAGGGCAGAGCGGGCUGCAGUGGAAAGAGCUACCCUAGAGGCCAGGCAACGAGCUUUUGAAAAGGCAAUGGCUGAGAGGGUUGUGUCUGAGGGGCGAGAAAGAGUAGAAAGAUCAGUUUCAGACAAGUUUUUUACUACCUCCAGGGCAGAUGAAAUGAGACAGAGUUCCUCCUUCUCUAAUUCAGGAACUUCGAAUUCGUUGCGUUAUUCAUAUUCAUCAGUUCAAUUUGGAAAUGAAAGUGAAUCUCCUCAAAGGUGUAAAGCACGUCUGGAACGAUAUCGUCGGACUGCUGAACGAGCAGCUAAAGCUUUAGAGGAGAAAAAUAUGCGUGAUCUUGUUGCUCAAAGAGAACAAGCAGAGCGGAAUAGAGUGGCAGAAACAUUGGAUGCUGAAGUCAAGAGAUGGUCGAAUGGGAAAGAAGGAAAUCUCCGUGCAUUGCUUUCAACAUUGCAAUACAUUCUGGGUGCUGAAAGUGGUUGGCAGCCAAUUCCAUUAACUGAAGUUAUAACUUCUGCUGCUGUGAAAAAAGCUUACAGGAAGGCUACUCUCUGUGUUCACCCCGACAAACUACAACAACGUGGUGCGAGCAUUCAACACAAGUAUAUAUGUGAAAAAGUCUUUGACCUUCUGAAGGAAGCCUGGAACACAUUCAACUCUGAGGAACGAUAG